AUGAAGAUCACAACAGCACUCCUCACCCUUGCCCUCGCAGUCCUGUCCGUCUGCGAGGCCUCCCCAAAGCUCGGGGGCAAGAUUGUCUCCCUCGUCCGCAAUCCAUCACACAAGAAGAACUUCCAGGCACACAUCAAAAAGUUGCGACACAGAUACCCUCAUAUCAAAGCAGGUGGAAACACAACCGUUAGUGCUGUAGGAGUCGGCGCUGUGCCACUGAUUGACGUCGGCACUGACAAUGAGUACUAUGGACCUGUGCAGAUUGGAAACCCCCCUCAGACAUUCAACCUCAACUUUGACACCGGAUCAGCCGACAUCUGGCUCCCCGCCCUUUCCUGCAAAACCCAAGCCUGCACCGUCCACACCCGCUACAACGCUUCCGCCUCAUCAACCUAUCGUAAAGACGGUCGUCUCUGGGAGAUCACCUAUGGCGAUGGGUCCGGGGCCAAUGGAAUCCUUGCCUCGGAUAUGGUCAACGUCGGAGGGAUCCAGGUUCGUCAGACCAUUGGGCUUGCGACCAACGAGACUGCAGACUUUGAGACUUCGCCCGAGGACGGGCUCUUUGGUCUGGGGUUCAGUGCCAUCGAAUCCGUCCCUGGUGUUAAGACGUUCAUGGACAAUGCUAUUGCUGCCAAUGCCGUCGCCCUCCCUGUCGUCUCGGCUUACCUCCCUUCGGUGCGUCGUAAUGGAGGCAAGGAUGGACACUACCUCUUUGGCGCAAUUGAUGAUACAAAGUUCCAGGGUAACCUCACUUACGUCCCCGUGACCCAGCAAGGGUACUGGCAGAUCACCAUCGAGGAUGUCUCCUUCAAUGGCAAUUCGCUCAACUAUACCACCGAGGGCAUCAUUGACACCGGCUCUACCUUGGUCAUGGUCAGCGACGCUGCCGCCGCCUCAAUCCACCAGAACAUCAAUGGCUCGUCGCUCUCUCAAGAGGCCCAGGGUUGGGUAGUUCCCUGCGCUCUAGCCAACACCACUGGCGCAGUUGGCUUCACAAUGGCUGCCAAGUCGUUCGAGGUCCCUUUGGCUGACCUGCCCUGGCUGCCGGUCACCGAGGGUAGCGAGACUUGUUACUCGGGCGUUCAGGGUGGUGCUGAAGGACUUUGGAUCCUGGGCGAUGUGUUUAUCAAGAACAACUACUGUGUCUUUGACCAUUCCACCCAGGCAUCCAUUGGAAUCGCCCCUCUCAUUUAA